AUGCCGGUAGACGCGAUCCACAUCGCGGCGGUCUUUAUCGUGUUCGUUGCCAGUAUCAGUGGAGCCGGCUUUCCGGUCGUGGCAAAGAAGGUGAAAUGGAUGAAGAUUCCGCCGAGCGCUUUCUUCUUCUGUAAGCACUUCGGUACUGGAGUGCUUAUAGCAACGGCCUUUGUGCAUUUACUUCCAACGGCAUUUCAGUCACUCAAUGAUCCGUCAUUGCCGGCCCUCUUCACGGAGCAGUAUCCUGCCAUGCCGGGUGUCAUCAUGAUGGGCUCGCUCUUCGUUCUAUUCGUCAUCGAGAUGUGGCUCAACUCGAAAACUGGAGGCCACAGCCACGGUAGCGCAGAUGGUCAUGAAUUUGCUGGAGGUGCUCAAGGCGUUCAAAAUCAGUUCAAUAACCCCAUCAGACGCCAGAGUUACGAUUCCCAGGUCACUAUGGCGUACCCAGCAGACAAGAAGGGCCCGUGGGUUGAGAACACAUAUGCCGGCGACAACUUCCCCUUCGGCAAGCAGGACGACCGCGAACUCGAAGUCAAGUCCGAGAUGCCACCGUGGUUCAUCGUCUUCUAUGAGCAAUAUGUACGCCAGCGUGACGAGAUGAUGGCCAUGGUCAACCGCGCCAUGCCCGCGCUGCCCAACUACAACCAGCCGCCUCAGGACGUUGAGAAGCAGCAAUCGUACUUCGAAACUGAUGUUGAGGAGGCUCCAGUGGACCCAGCGGUGCUCAGGAAGCUUUCUUCGCAAAUCACGCUUAUCGAAGGUGGUAUUUUGUUCCACUCGGUUUUCGUUGGUAUGACUGUUUCGCUCACAGCAGACGGCUUCAUCGUUCUCCUCGUCGCCAUCGUGUUCCAUCAAGCUUUCGAGGGCCUUGGUUUGGGUUCGCGUAUCGCCGCCGUCCCAUAUCCCAAGGGCAGCUGGAAGCCAUGGGCACUCGUCAUCGCUUUCGGAACGACCGCUCCCUUUGGCCAGGCUCUUGGUCUCGCAGUCGGCAAUGCUUUCGAUCCCGAGAGUCCCCUUGGCCUCAUUCUCAUCGGUACAUUCAAUGCCAUCUCGUCAGGUCUUCUGCUCUACGCUGCGCUAGUCGAUUUGCUAGCAGAAGAUUUCCUGUCCGAGGAGGCGCAACACACCUUGACCGGCAGCGCGAAGAAGAAGGCUUUCUGCUACGUCCUGAUCGGUGCCGCCGGUAUGUCUAUUGUCGGUGCUUUCGCGUAA